AUGUCGCGAGAAGGGAAAGGGGCAGACGACACCCCGUCAGAAAGGCAGCUUCGCGUGCACAAGCUGAGUGGUGACUGCGUCCUGGAGUUGCCGAGGGAAGAGGCCUGGGAGCUGAAAGCAGCGGACUUGGCGAGCCAGCUGAGUGAGCCACUCCAGGUUUCUGCUUACCGCCUCUCCUUCGCCAUCUUGGGAAGGAAGCUCGAGGAUGAGGUGGGCUCUUUAUGA